ACAUUCGGUCUAACCAAUGCCCCUCUUUCCCCCUUAUCUCUCACACCUUCUUUAGUAGUGACACUACUACUGUCUGUCCUUAGUCUCUGCAAGACUAACCAAAACCCCUCACCAGAAUCCCAUUUUUGUUCCCAUGAAACCAACCAACAAUUCUUGUUGAAUGACUAACAACCUAUUAACCAAACACAUCAAUCUUUCCCAUGAAUCCCACACUAAAUUCCCUUUACAACCCCAUCACUACUAUCCACAAAACCCCUUUCAAUUUCUGUUCUUUUUCACAAACCCACCACCAUAACCAACACCAUCACCGCUGCCGGCGGCGGCGGUGGCAGUUUCAGACCCAUUUCACUGUUAGCUCAUCACAUAUCAACAAACCCAUAACCACAAAUAGUCUGCAUUCUGUAGAGAAACAAGAUAAAGAUAAGGUAAUUUUGUGUACUAGUAAUAAUAAUGUAAUUAAGCAAAUUACGAAGCCGAUUUUAGUUACGGUUUUUUGUAUUGUUGUUGGGUUGUUUCCAAGUUUAGGAAUUUAUCAAAACCCACCUGCAAUUGCUGGCCCAUUAACUACAAUUAGUGAAUUCUUGAAAAAAAAUAAAAGUAAAGAAAGAGUGGGUAGUGCUAAAGAUCAUGCCUUUUCAGAGUAUACAAGGCGGUUGCUUGAUACGGUUUCUGGGUUAGUAAAGGCUAUAGAGGAAGUUAGGCUUAACAAUGGGGAUAUAGAGAAUGUGAAGGUGGUGUUGAAAGAUGUUAAGUUAAAGAAAAGGGGAUUGCAAGAUGAGAUAAUGACCGGGCUUUACGGGGAGUUGAGUGUCUUGAGGGGAAAGAAGACGGAAUUGGAUAGGAAGUCCAUGGAGAUUCUUAGUUCUAUGAUGAAGUCUAAGAGGGAAAGAGAUAGAAUUUUGGAAAAAGGUGGGGUGAAGGUGGUGAAAGACCCGUCAGUGGUGGAGUUGGAUGAGGUGAUUAGGAGUAAAGAGAAGGAAUUUAUGGAGGUUUCAGAAGAAGUUGGUGAGAUUGAGGAUCAAAUGGAGAUGAAAGAGACUAUGGCUUUGAGUAUUGGCGUUAGGGAACUUUGUUUUAUUGAGAGGGAAUGCACGGCGCUUGUUGAGAAUUUUACUCGAGAAAUGAAGCGGAAAGAUACUGACAGGGUGCCUAAAAACUCUCUUACCAAGCUUUCUAGAUCUGAAAUACAGAAAGAUCUGCAGAAUGCACAAAAACAAUUUUGGGAGCAAACAAUGUUACCAAAUGUUGUGGAAAAUGAAGAUAUCGGAUUUCCAUUUGAUCAGAAUUCCAUUGAAUUCAGUCGCCGCAUCAAGCAAACACUUGAAGAAUCAAGAGAAAUGCAGAAGAAUUUGGAGACUUAUAUUAGAAAAAAAUUGAGAAAGUUUGGCGAAGAACAGCAUGCUAUUUUGAACACCCCGGUUGAUGAAAUUUUGAAGGGUUAUCCAGAAGUUGAAGAUAUGUGGAUGUUUGGAGAGAAAGCGGUUGUGGUUCCAAAGGCUUCACGUGCUGGUUUGUUGCAUGGAUGGAAAAAGUGGCGAGAUGGAGCUAAGAAAGAUCUUAAAACGAAAGUAUUGGAUGAUGUUGAGUUUGGUAAAAAGUAUGUUGCUCAGAGACAGGAAAGAAUCCUUUCGGACCGUGAUAGAGUGCUGUCAAAGACUUGGUAUAAUGAAGAACAAAAUAGGUGGGAAAUGGAACCUAUAGCAGUCCCUUAUGCUGUAUCCCGGAAACUUCUAGAAAAUGCAAGGAUUAGACAUGACUGGGGUGCAAUGUAUAUUAAUAUGAAGGGAGAUGACAAGGAGUACUUUAUUGAUUUGAAGGAAUUUGACACGAUGUUUGAAGAUUUUGGUGGAGUUGAUGGGUUGUAUCUGAAGAUGCUUGCCUCGAAUGUUCCAACUUCUGUUCAGUUAAUGUGGAUCCCAUACUCUGAGUUAGAUAUCCGCCAACAGUUGCUCUUGCCACUUCGGUUUUCCCGACAGUUAUUAGUUGGGUUAUGGAAUGCUAGAGAUGUAGCCACUGUUGAUGGGAUCUCUAAUUGGGUAAAAAAUAUAAACAAGGACAUUUUGGUGCUAAUUGUUUGUCCAUUUCUGGAGCUUGUUAUUCCUUCCCAGGUAAAGAUGAAAUUGGGUAAGACGACAGCCAUGAAACAGUAUCAGAAUUGGAAGUCAGAGGCAGAAGAGAGUUUACGAGCCCAACGUGAAGACGAGGAGUUCAGCUGGUAUUUUAUGUUUGCAGUUAGGGCCAUUAUAUAUGGAUAUGUAUUAUCCAGUAUAUUCCGUUUUCUAAAGAAAAGAACACCCAAGCUUCCUGGAGUUAAUAGGCCGGGACGUAGAAACCCGAACAUGAGGAAGCUGCGAAGGCUGAAAUAUUUUUUCUGGGCAAGGUUGCAGGGAGCAAGAGCUAAGAAAAAGGAAGGUGUUGAUCCUAUCACCCACGCUUUUGAUCGGAUGAAGAGAGUAAAAAAUCCACCUAUACGCCUGAAAGACUUUGCAAGCGUUGAGUUCAUGAAGGAAGAAAUUAAUGAAGUUGUCGCAUUUUUACAAAACCCUCGUGCCUUUCAAGACAUGGGUGCCCGUGCCCCUCGGGGGGUUCUUAUUGUUGGUGAGAGAGGAACUGGUAAAACUGCACUAGCUUUGGCUAUAGCUGCAGAGGCAAAGGUUCCACUUGUGGAGGUGAAGGCCCAGCAAUUAGAGGCGGGCUUAUGGGUUGGCCAAAGUGCAUCCAAUGUUAGGGAACUGUUCCAGACUGCCCGAGAUCUGGCGCCUGUUAUCAUAUUUGUGGAGGACUUUGACCUCUUUGCUGGUGUUCGAGGCAAGUUUAUACAUACUAAAAAACAGGAUCAUGAGGCAUUCAUCAAUCAACUUCUUGUGGAACUUGAUGGGUUUGAGAAACAGGAUGGGGUUGUUUUGAUGGCUACCACCCGAAAUCUUAAACAAAUUGACGAGGCUUUACAGCGCCCUGGUCGGAUGGACAGAAUAUUUCAUCUUCAGCUACCAACACAAGCUGAAAGGGAGAGAAUACUUCAGAAUGCUGCAAAAGAAACCAUGGAUCCUGACCUCAUAGACUUUGUUGAUUGGCAGAAGGUAGCUGAAAAGACGGCACUUUUACGACCUGUUGAACUCCAACUUGUUCCUGUGGCCUUGGAAGGUAGUGCGUUCAGGACUAAAUUUCUAGACACGGAUGAGCUCUUGGGAUAUACUAGCUGGAUUGCAACUUUCAGCAGUAGUAUUCCCACAUGGUUGAGGAAGACAAAACUUGCUAAGGUGAUGAGCAAGAUGCUAGUGAAUCAUCUCGGCUUGACAUUGUCCAGAGAGGAUUUGCAAAAUGUCGUUGACUUAAUGGAACCGUAUGGUCAGAUAACCAAUGGGAUUGAAUAUCUAAAUGUCCCUCUUAAUUGGACGAAAGAGACAAAGUUUCCACACGCUGUGUGGGUUGCAGGUCGUGGAGUUAUCGCUGCUCUUCUACCGAACUAUGAUGUCGUUGAUAAUUUAUGGCUAGAGCCUUUGUCUUGGGAGGGAAUUGGGUGUACAAAGAUAACAAAGGCUAAAACGGAAGGUUCGAUGAUUGGAAAUGUUGAAUCCAGAUCAUACCUUGAAAAGAAGCUCGUAUUCUGCUUUGGGUCCUAUGUUGCAUCCCAGAUGUUGCUUCCAUUUGGAGAAGAAAAUAUCCUUUCUUUGUCCGAGUUGAAGCAGGCACAGGAGAUUGCUACAAGGAUGGUGAUACAAUAUGGAUGGGGACCUGAUGACAAUCCAAUAGUUUAUCAUCAUGGCAAUGCGGUGACUGCUUUAAGCAUGGGGGACAGUCAUGAGUAUGAGAUGGCAGCUAAAGUUGAGAAGAUGUAUGAUUUAGCUUAUGAAAAAGCAAAGUCAAUUCUUUGGAAUAAUCGUAGUGUUCUUGAAAAGACUGUUGAGCAACUGCUCGAGUCUGAGAUCUUAACAGGGAAGGAUCUCGAAAGGAUCAUCUUGGCAAAUGGUGGAAUUAGAGAGAAGGAGCCAUUUUACCUUGGGAAACUCCAUAAUGAAGAGCCUGUGUUUGGGAACUUGCUUGAAGAUGGGAAUGGAUCACAAAGUGCUCUUCUAUCCGCAGCAAAUUAGGAUGACCAAAAUAGCUCCAUAUGAACACACAGGAAAGUAGACUGACUUACAAUACAAAGCAUAAUAUCAUUUAGUUUUUUGAUUAGCAGAACAAUCUGUUAUUUAUAAUGUUGUAUGUAUAUUAAGGGUGAGGGGAGCUCUGAAAUUGUUUCAGACUCUGUUCUUAGAAUAGUUGUACUCAUAUGGUAUAGAGGAGUAAGAGUUUGAAAGCGAGAAAAGUCGGUCAUGUUUCCUUCUCAUUAUACACAAAUGUUGACAAUUUUGAUAGUCCUUUUGGGCACAACUAUAUUUAUUACACAAUUUCCAAGUUCAA